ACGUCGCGCGAAAGGCAAGGUAUUUCGACGACGAUGUUCCCGGCUUACGCUCACUUGUCGGCUUACGACAGGCACAAAAAACUCGUCAAUGACUAUAUGACAUUUUACGGAAAGUCUAUAUCGUCUUUCCAGCGAGAUACGUCCCGAGACAAAACUGAUUAUGACGUCAUCAGGGAGAACCACAAGUUUCUCUGGGAUAAAGACAAGGAUGUUCCGGACACAUGGGGUGCAAAAUUAGCUAAAAAGUACUAUGACAAAUUGUUCAAGGAAUAUUGCAUAUGUGACCUUACAUAUUAUAAAGAUAACAAGGUUGCUUUGAGAUGGAGAACCGAGAAAGAAGUAAUAGUUGGAAAAGGACAGUUUGAGUGUGGCAGUAAAACGUGCAAAGAGAAGGAAAACCUGCGUUCCUGGGAGCUCAAUUUUGGUUACAUAGAACAUGGUGAAAAAAAGAACGCGUUAGUCAAAUUAAGACUUUGCCCAGAAUGUUCGGUAAAACUUAAUUAUCGAUCGCAAAAGCGGGAAGUAAAGCGAAGAAAAUCUUUGAAACGUUUAAACACAAAUUCCGAAAGUACAUCAAAUACUGAUAUGCCUACUAUGUCCGGUAAUUCAAAUGCAGAUAAUAAAACAUGUACAGAAUCUAAUUCAGCUGAAAUACAAAACAGUGAGACUGUUGAUACGAAUGAGUCAAAUAUCUGGAAAGAGAAGCCAACUGAAGAUGUGGAAAAGACAAGGGAAAAAGAAUUUGAAGAAUAUUUGGCAGAUUUGCUUAUGUAAACGAUUAGAGAUUAUAAUUUUUUAUUUAAUGUUUUAUUGUAAAUAAGUAUUAUGGAAUAUAGUUUGAUUUCUCAUGAUUAUUUUUAAUUUCUUGUAAUGUAAAAUUGUAUGACUUACACAGCCGUACAUGUAAUAUUUAUAUAUAGUAUCAUUAAUAAAAUCUUUAUCUUUAUAGUAUCAUUAAUGAAAUCUUUACAAUAAAAUGUUUCAUAUAUGAAAGCUAAAAUUUAAAAGAUUCAGGAAUAUGUUAAUAUGAAAUUGCACUGAUUUUUUACAUACAUGUCUAGAUUUAUUAUUUUUAAAUAUAGAUGAAAGAAAGUGUGUAUGUGAUAAGUAAAAUUGGAGCUUAGAAUUGUACAGCUUAAAGUUUUUAUUUAUAUCAUUUUUAUUUAUAUAUUUUCUUAAUACUGUGUAUUUAUUUUAGAAAAUUUAAUUUUGUGUGGUACUAAAGAGACAAUUAUGAUAAGUUGUUGACGAUUGAUAAUCGCUUACAAUUGAUAGUAAAUUUCUUUCAUCACUGACAAAUAUUUUAAUUCUUAAAAUUUAUGUAAUUAAUGCUUAAAAAAUCGACAAACUAUCAGGAGACUAAUUCAAAGCCAGGAUUGUUUCCAGUUUCAAGAUUAUGUAUAUACGGGUUAUUAACAUAUUGUUUACAGAUCAUACACGAAUGUUUUUCAUGUAGACAAUACAGGCUAUUGUAAAUUGAAUAACACAAUACAAAAAAAUAAGAUUGUUAGUGAAUUUUAUUUUAGUUGAUAAAAAUAUAUAUUACAAAUAAAAAAAUGGAAUACAAUUUUCAGUAUUUCUAAUAAAAUCAAUUCAUGAAGUAUUUUUUUACGUAAAUAUUUCAAUUCAACUUAUAAUCCAUGCGGUAUUUUUUUUACAUAAUGACAUAAAACAGUUUACAUUGUACAUACUUAAUGUACAAUGAAACUUGUAAAAUAUUAGAAAAAUAUAACGAGAUAAAAGAUAUGUAAUAUAAGUUAUAAUUCUGAACACUGUAAUUUCAAAAACUCUUAUUUUAUUCUUUUUUAAUCUACAUUAUGAGCAAUAUUAUAGAUUGAAAAGGGGCAAGAUAAAUUAACAAUCUAGACACAUAUGCCCCAAAUAUGUUAAAAAUUAGUAUAAUUUCAAUGUUAAGGCAUUCCUGGCGCCUAGUAUAGAUAUUAUGGGGGGAUUACAAUAUAUAUUCAUAAUAUAUUACUGUUGAUAUACAGUAACAAAAUAUUUUUUUGCAAAGAAAUACAAACAAAUUCUAUGAGCUGUAUGAAUGGAGAUUAUACGUAUUGAUAUUUCCAGAAAAUUUUUUAGAAAGAAAAAUAUUUUUCAAAUCUUGAGAUAUUAUAAUCAUCUAGAACAGAAUAAAUUUUUAUUGUGUUAUUAAAUCCAUAUUAAUGGAUCAAUAUUCUUCUAUAUUCAAUUCUCUAUUGUUUCAUAUUUUAUAACAUAUCCUACAAUUCGAUCGUAUACAAAGUUGAAUAUUGUCUUUUUUUUUACGGUGUAAAAGCUUAUCUAAUAUUUCAUACUAUAAAUUCAGUAACUUGUUGAUAUUUCUUGCUUUGCUUCGGAGAAUUACGUAUUUUAUUUAUCUAAUCAAUUAAAAUUAAUGUCCAUUGACUAUGUAAUUAUUACUAAUUCGAAGAACGAUAUUGUAUAAGAUUACAAUUUUAUAUUUGUUCUGUACACCUAGUCUAAAUUGCACAAUUUAACAUUUGUCGCAUUUCAUUCAAAUUCUAUUAUUUCGAUUACAGUAUAAGCUUAUAUUGCAUAUAAAAAGAAUGAGCUGAUACUCAAUUUAACAAA